AUGAGGAUAAACAAAAAGGACGAAAUCGUGAACGUCUUGUUCACCGUAUUUCUACUGGCCACUCAGCAUAUCUGCCUCCUCUACGCAAUCAUGAGCAGCGCAAGAAGCAACAACAUGUACCUGCUGUUCCUAAUCGUAGAUGUCUUCCUAUGCAUAUACAUUGUGCUGAGCCUUUACGAUGAGAACAACGCGGGGGUCAAAAUCUCCAUCCAGUGGAUGAUGUACAUGAUUAGCUUGAGUUCAAAAAUGGGUAUAUUUUGUUUUCUGAUCAAAAAUGAUAAUAAAAACAGUCCCCCCAAAGGCCUUCUUUUCACAUAUCUAGCGAAUGAUGUAUUAGUAUACAACUUGCUUUACCUGACUCCAUUCAUUUACCUGUUGUUCUCGCUGAGAAGUAGAAAUAUAUUGGAGAAUAUUUUAAACAAUAAAAUCGUUGUAGAAAAUAUACUCAGCAUUGACGUAAACAUAAUAAACCUAUUCGAUCUGAUCGACUUAGUGUUCAUGUAUUCUCAUUUGACCAACCUGUACAAAAUAAUGGACCAUGUGAAGACCUACUACAGCUUCCAAAAUGUACUUAUAAUGCUCAUUGUUGUUUUAGUAGAUAUAUCUCUCUUUGGAUUCUACUUCCCUAUUUAUACUAAUAUAGACAAGUCCUAUUCCUACACCCAGGAGUCGGUGGGGGUUCUCAAGGGGGACACACCUGGGGAAGGCGGCAGAUCGAGGGACAAAGGUACCAAGCGAGAUGGAAAAAAAAUAAAACAUAGCAAAAUAAUUAAACAGAAAAAGGGUAUACAUCAGAGUGGCUCUUAUACCAAGUACGAAACGGGGGAAAGGAAGAAGGGUACUUUGUUUUACGCCACCAAUGGGGGAAGUGCUAGUACUACAAUUGGGAGGGGUGGAAGUACCAUAAUGAGGAGAAGUGGCAGUACUGCUAUUGGGAGAAGUGUUGAGGGAAGAAGCAACGCGAGUCGACAGAGUAGUGCAGGUAGCUUGCUCAGCCGAGGUAGUAGCAGUAGAAGGGGUCAAAGCGGAAGCCACAGCAGUGUUCGCAGUCAGAGAAAGAAUACUCUAAUGAAUGUAACAAAUGUUUCAAGUGGAGGGAAUACAACCCUAUUGGAUAAGUCUAACGUCAGGUACAUGAAGACAAACGCCGCCACUUCUAAACCCUUCUACCCCGAGAAUGAUACAAACAUGCUAGUGGUGGACAAAAGGAAACCCUCUUCUUUCGUUUCUAACAAUUCCAAGGACUCUACCUACGCAUCAACCGAUAUGUCUAGGGAGUUACUCUCAAGGGCCUUCUCCUCCACAUCGUCCUUUUCUUCAUCUUCUUCUUCCUCUGCGAAUUCAUCCUAUUUGUCAUCAGAUGGUUCUAACUUUGGUUCUUCGCACUCGGCUUCCUCCACGUCCUCUUCGUCGUACCUGCCGUCCCUCUUGUCCUUUUCCUCCAGUGGGAACAAGGCCAAGUCCAAUAAAUCUUACCACCAGAAAUAUAAGGACGUCUACACGGACGUGUACAUAACUGCUAAGUUUCACUUCAUCGUGGGGUUCCUCCUGAUCGACGUGCCCUUUUUCAUAUACAGACUGCUCUUCUGCCUGAAGCACAAAAUGAUGCUGACGCUGAUUGUGAAGAACGUCCUGUUCCUGCUGUUCAGAUCGUACAAGCUGAACGAGUACCGGCUCGUGGAGAAGGAGAAGUACAAAAAGAACAAGAGCAAUCUGGACUUUGACUUUUACAACCUGUUCAGCAUAGAUUCGGAGGCGAGUGGCUACCGAAAGGAGGACGCCGCGGGGAAGGGGAAAACGGGCGAGCACAUGCUGGUUGUGAAGAGGGAGAAGCGCAGAGAGCGGCAUCGUCAUUCGCAUCGCCACUCGCGUCAACAUUCUCAUCUCCAUUCACGUCGCCAUUUGCAUGGACAUGCGCAGCGGGGGAGUAGCAUGAAGGCCUCCUCAUUCGACAGAGCUGCGAGUUGCAAAGUUCUGGAAGACGGGGGGGAGGUAAAAAGCAAGAGAGACCGACGCGUGAGAAAAAUGAAAAAGGGAAACAGCAAAAGGGGAAACAAAAAGGACAAAUCAAUGAAGAAGAGACAGAAAAAAAAAAAAAAAAAAAACACCGUCAUGCAAGUCUUUAAGGAAGAAUAUAGGGACAACAAAAAGAAGCUGUUGUUGGAAAAGGCCGCUGUGCAGGAAAUGGAAAUAAGCGGAAAUGCUGAAAAGGCAAAUCGAGGAAGUAUCUCCCUCGGAAAAGUCAUAGACAAUAACGGAGAAGAACAAAUAGAAAAGAGGGAUGGUGGAGAAGGCAUAAAUGGAGGGGGGAACACAAGGAAUAGCAAAAAAAAAUCGUCAGUAAAAUUAACGUGGAAAGAACGAAGACAAAUGAAAAGUCAAUUUAGGAAAUUCAGAAAGCUCAUUUAUAAAUUAAAGUAUAAAAGGAAGAUACCGAUAUAUCAUUUCAAGCUAUGGGAUCACAUCCGGGCCAUGUGUAGUCUUUUGUUUAAACGCUUUGGUAGUUCUAAUUUUGUGUACUUGGAUGACCAGCUCGUUUUUUCAUACUUAACAAAUCUUAGACUCAUGCUUCUUAUACUACUUAACUAUGUAAUGAAGAUUGGCAUUACCAUUUUUUUUAUUUUCCUCCUAUUGAAUAAUCACAUAACAGUAGUACGUGAGCAGAAUUUUGUAUACAUGUACGAUAUGCCUAUAAAGCCGUUAGGAACGCCUGGGGUGGAUCGGGGAGGCAUUCUCCUUUUCCCAGACAGCUUCGAUUUGACCAAGCACACAAAUCUGCAAUUGCCGAAAGAACCCAUCCCUAUACAUUAUAUAAACAAAGACAUGGAAGACAAUUCGAAGCAAUUUGGUAAUAACAAAUAUGUCCCCAAAGGAUACCUUAAACUAGAAGUGCCAGAUAGCUUAUUCAACUCCAAAUGGGAGCAUGUAUUUAAGGUCGACAAAAUUUAUAUGUAUAGUUGUCUGGGAUUUUUUUUUCUUUAUUUUGUUUUGCUCCUGGGGACUUCUACCUUUUUCGACAUUCUCUUUGGGGCCAUAGUAAAUACGUUGAGUCACUUAUCCUUUUACUUUUCCCUAAAGCAAUUUGUUUUAUUCUUUUUUACUUUCCAUGGCAAUGUAUACAAUAAUGAUUAUGUGCUUCACGAUGGGUACAUUCGCAAGCUCAACUACGAGUUCGAAUACUUGUUGCUUCUACUUUUUAAUUUGCAUCACUUCGCGUCCCUCUUCAAGCACGCCUCGCUCUUCGUGCGCGUGGUGUUCAACUGCAGGUACGUCUACUACCGGAGGAGCUUAGGACGAGGCAGGCGCAACCAGCUGAGGCACUCCGUGAGCGUAUACCUCCUGUUCCUCUUAUGCAAGUACGCCCACGCACCGAUCAACCUGAACACCCUGCUCUUCGGGCAAAAUAUCCUGAAUAACAUUCUCCUCAUAGACAAUAUAAACAGCUUCACCUGGGUGAAUAUUAUAGUCCUCACUCUCUUCAAAGGAACGCAAAUACUCAUGACCAAGACCAACUACUUCGUAAUCGGACUCUUCAUUCUACACAUCCUCCUGUACAUCAUAUAUGCCAUCCACGCACAAAUACUCAGAUAUAUAAUUCUUCGAAAAAUGGAAAUUCUUUUUUCCUUUAAGAAUAUUCUCAUCUCCAAAUAUGAGGAGGCACCCCUCGUCCCGGACAAGACUUCUCCCUACGUCACCUGCAGGGAUAUACUGAAGUAUUACUCUGAGGAGGGCUUCUUCUCUUCUGAGGGAAAUAUGAUACCCAAUUUUAUAUGA